AUGGCCAUCGAAACUCUCAACUUGAUUAGGCUGAUGGACUGGCGAAAGAUCAGAGACCUGUGUCCGAACAAGUUUGAAGCUCAGGGCAUGGCCCCGUUGGCUUUGAUGGAGGACCUUUCGAACAUGACAUCGGCCGAGUUCCUGGACGAAUUGCCCAGUCUCAACCAGCUAUUAGCCAAUGACUCAACAAACAUCUCUUUCAUCCUCACGGACGGUGAGACAUAUUUUUCCGUUUCAGAGGAGGCCAGCUUCGUUCCGUUGGGGAAACGAUUAGAAACCUAUUUAGCUCCGCCAGUCUUUACGAUAAUCUUCCUCGUAGGACUAAUAGGCAACGGCACACUGAUGUUAAUAUAUAAAAACAAAGCUAUGCGGAGUGUACCUAACAUCUACAUCAUGUCGCUGUCCGUCGGCGAUCUCUUUGUUAUUACCGGCACGGUGCCGUUCAUCUGCGCGAUAUACGUCUUGGACUCAUGGCCUUUCGGCCUGUUCCUGUGUAAGCUUUCGGAGUUUAUGCGCGACGUGUCGAUCGGCGUCACAGUACUAACGCUCAUGAUGCUGAGUGUCGACCGGUACAUCGCUAUCGCGUUGCCGCUCUACAAACGUAAGGGCGGCAGACACGACCGUCGAGUGACAUUGUUCAUCACAGGCUUGGUGUGGCUCAUCGCGUCGUUGAUGGCGUUGCCGGGCGCCUACUUUUCGUAUCUGGGCGAAGCCCACAUUCCCGGUCGGAAGACCAUAGUCUACUGUCAUCCGUUCCCCCAGCAUAUGCAUCCGUGGUACCCUCGGCUGAUUGUGAUGUUGAAGUUCACGAUGAUGUACGUGAUACCUCUGGUGAUCAUCGCGACGUUCUAUAUCCUGAUGGCACGCUCCCUGAUCAAGACGGCGAAGAGCGCACUCUGUGACCAGAAGAACGCCGCCGCUAAGAAGCAGCAGAAAGCUCGCGUAAAAGUGGCCAAGAUCUCGCUCUGCUUCGUCUUGAUUUUUGCGGUGUGUUUCUUUCCAAAUCACGUCGUAAUGAUUUGGCUCUACUACCAUCCAACGGCUCAUCAGGACUAUAACGACUUUUGGCAUUUAUUCAAAUUGUUCGGAUACGUGCUCACGUUCGUCAACUCGUGUCUGAAUCCGAUCGCGCUCUUCUUCAUCUCGGGCGCCUUCCGCUCCUACUUCAAAAUGUAUCUGUUCUGUCAGCCCCGUAGUAAAAACAUUAUCCAAAACUCGAUGCUCUCCUACCGGCAUUCGCUGCAUCCGUCCGUCCGGGCAGACAGCACUUCCCCGAGGGCGUCUCUCAUCUCGCGGCAUUCUGUCAACGACCGAAGGAACUCGACGCGCAUAUGA